CUUGGUUUGCUCCUGAGGGAAGAUUUACUCUGUUGCACGGUUACCAUGGAAACGGAAAACAGUCGCUCGGAGGAAGAGAAACGUGAGCAGCUGAUCAUCAUCAUCAUUAUAAUAUCAGAAUGGACUCUCAGUACCUGAAACAGAGACUGGGUAAAUGUUUGGUGGAGGCUCUGGCAGAAGUCGUGGAGCAGAGACCCAUGGACCCUAUUGAGUUUCUCGCUCACUACAUCUACAAAUACAAAGAAAACAUGGAGCAUGCCAAAAAGAAAGCUGCAUAUGAGAAGCAGGUGGAGGAGGAGGUGCAGAAGGCCAGAGAAGAGGCAGAGCAUCAGAAAUGGCUGAAGGAGGAGGAGGAGCAAAUACGAGCCGCCCAGGAGCCGGUCUCCACUCCUCCUCCAGCUCCACUGCAAGAGCGACCCAGGAUGGUGAACCCACCGAAGAUGGAGGUCCUGAUGGAGGCUGAUGGGCCAAAAGCCGUAACUGAAGCAACUCCAAAAGAACCCACAGCCCAGCCUCAGGCAGAAGAACCAGAAACACAGGCUGAACCUGAGAGGACAGUGGAGGCUCCACCCGAUGAGACAACAGACAUGAAGAGAGCGCCCUCUAGAGCUGAAAAUGAGGACACACCCCAGGAACAGGAAAAUGAGCCCAGUGAAUGGGAUGACUCCAAAGCUCCAGACGUAGAAGGUACAGUCUCAGAGAACGCAGAUGGGGCAGCAAGAUGGAUUCCUGAGGAAUCAGAGAUUGAGGCACAACCAGGUCAAAUCCGAUCAGAAGAGGAGGAGUUAGACGGGGUGAAACCUCAUGAUGUCUCAGAGACCGUUGUGAUAAAUCCUGAAGAGUUUGCGAGCGAGACACAACCGAGUCACAGCCAAGCAGAGGAUGAGCAUUCAGGUGGAUGGAACCCUCCAGAUGUAGACGGUAUGGUCUCUGUAGACGACUCAGAGGUAAAUCCUGAAGAAUCAGUCAGCAAAACACAACCGAGCCAAAACCAGGCAGAAGAAGAGAUCACACACACCGACGACCAGUCAGAAGGUCUGAGGGAGAGCGACGAUCACAGACAGGAAGAACCCGAGACCCUCGCCAACCCGAGCUUGGUCAAAGACACGGAGGAAGAUGAAGAUGACUGAAGAUGAGUCAGUUUCCCUGCUUUACAUAUCUGCUUUACGUUACAUAUAAAUUAUAAUGUGUUAUGUUUUAAUAUCUAUUUAAAUGAUGCGUUUUCUGAAGCAGGUUAAACUCAGUGUAUUCAUUCGUACAGGAACAUGGUAAAAUACACAAAUCGGUCCUUUGGAGCUCAUUUUUUACAAAAGAUUAAA